AGGGCUAUCUGCGAUCCCACAAUGCAUCGGGUUUCCAACAUGGCAGCAGGUGAAUAGGCUCUAUCUCCAGAGUGGGGUGGGGAGGUCGUUUUUUGUUCCUUCCUUUGAAUCAAGAGUGAACCAAGAUGCCGAAAGUGGUGUCUCGCAGUGUGGUGUGUUCCGACACUCGGGACCGCGAGGAAUAUGACGAUGGCGAGAAACCUCUGCAUGUUUAUUACUGUCUGUGCGGACAGAUGGUGCUGGUCCUCGAUUGUCAUUUGGAGAAACUGCCCAUGAGACCACAAGACCGAGCACGUGUUAUUGAUGCAUCCAAGCAUGCUCAUAAAUUCUGUAAUAUUGAGGAAGAUGAGAGCAUUUAUCUUAGACGGUCACAAGGGAUAGAAAAGCAAUUCAGGAAAAAAUGCGGAAAAUGUGGACUGCUCCUCUUUUACCAGCACCAACAGAAGAAUACUCCCAUUACAUUUAUUGUGGAUGGUGCUUUGGUGAAGUUUGGCCAAGGAUUUGGCACCACAAGUAUAUACAGCCAAAAACAGGAACCGCCAAAGAAGGUAAUGAUGACAAAGAGAACCAAAGACAUGGGUAAAUUCAGCUCUGUCACUGUGUCCACCAUUGAUGAAGAGGAAGAGGAGAUCGAAGCAAGGGAGAUUGCUGAUUCCUAUGCACAGAACGCCAAAGUGAUUGAGAAACAGCUGGAAAGGAAGGGCAUGAGCAAGAAGCGACUGCAGGAACUGGCAGAGUUGGAGGCUAAGAAAGCCAAGAUGAAAGGUACCCUGAUUGACAAUCAGUUCAAAUGAUCAACAUCAUAGACCCUUGGUGAAUUCUUCCUAUAAUCUUUGUGACAAGUGCUCAACCAAUCAUCUUCAGAGAUUCUGUUAUUUAGUGAAGCAGCUUUAACUUAAAGAGGAUUACUUGUACCAUCCUUCAUUUAAUCUGUUGGGUCUAAAGAUGGGUAAGGAGAAGGAAUAAUUUGGAGAAUGUUAUUGACAUUCUAUUAAGACUGUGUUUUGUAUCAUAAAGGACUGUCAUGCAUUUAUUAUUUACAUUUGUAUAAUAGUAAUCUAAGUGCACGCGUCACGUAACUGACAUCACCUUAGAUAAACAGUAUACAGAUGUGUUUGUCUGCUUUAUUUUAAUAAAUUAUUUUUUCACUUCCUUGAGCAACUGUACGCUUCUGCCUCCUUAAAAUCCUUUGCAUCAGAUGACCUGAUGACCCGUUUUUAGGUCUCCUAUUGCUUAUGUUGGUUUGCUGUGUUACAACAAACACUACGGAGAAACAGUUACGUCCAUUCCCAGUCAUCCUUUGAAAUCCCAGCAGAGGUGGUGUGAUCUCUGUUUUGCUCCACAGUUUGCUUUAUUAUUCCUGUGUUGAGGGAAGAGGUGAACAUUACGCAGGAGUUUAUUCUUGAUUGGCAUCCAGUGACCUCCUCUUGAAAUGUGUUGUAUGUAUUGUCAUCAUUUGUGAUCCUCUUUUAUAAUUAAAAGAACUACUGAAGUAC